AUGCAGUAUCUACGAGUUCUAGCUUGCGCUUUGGCGCUCGCGCCUUCUGUUGUGUUCUCGGCACCUUCGGCAUCCAAUUCUCAAGUUAAUCCAUACAUUGGAAAGGAAGCUUACGCCAAUAAGGAAUACGCCAGGAAAUUGGAGGAAACGAUCCAGUAUUUCAACCAGCGAUACGACUACUAUAAUGCGGCGAAGACGAAGACAGUACAGAAAAUCCCCACCUUCGCUUGGAUAUCAGCUUCCUCUGAUAUAUCCAAAAUAAAGGGUCUUGUCGACGAAACACUCGCCGCACAAGCAGCAACAAAUAAGCAGCAGAUCCUUCAGCUCGUAAUUUAUAACUUACCUGAUCGCGACUGCUCUGCCAAGGCUUCCGACGGAGAGUUUCAACUAGAUCAGGAUGGCCUGAACAAGUACAAAAAUUACAUUGACACUAUUGCAAGAGAGCUGGACACUCCCGAAGCCAAAAAGCUCAAAUUUGUCGUCAUUCUCGAACCUGAUUCGCUCGGAAACGCUGUUACCAACUUGAAUGUUCCUAAGUGCGCCAAAGCCGCUCCUGCCUACAAGGAGGGUAUCUCUUACGCCAUUGCAAAGCUCCAGCAUCCUAACCUCUCCAUCUACGUCGACGCUGCUAAUGGAGGUUGGCUCGGCUGGGACGACAAUCUCUCGCCCACCGCCGUCAUACUCGCCGAAGUUCUCCAAGGGGCCCAAGCCAUUACCCCUGGAGCCACUGUUCGAGGUGUAGCCAUAAACGUCUCCAACUACAACCAAUACGUUUCCCUUGUCCGCGAAAACUUCACAGAGUUGUCAAACAGCUGGGACGAGAGCCACUACGUCGCCUCACUGACACCCCACCUCCAACGCGAAGGAUUCCCUGCCCACUUCAUUGUCGACCAGAGCAGGGCGGGCAAAGGCGGCAUUCGUACCGAAUGGGGCCAGUGGUGCAAUGUCAGGAACGCAGGAUUCGGCAUACGGCCUACAACGGACCAGGGAAUCUUGAAGAACUCGAAUGUCGAUGCCAUUGUAUGGAUUAAACCUGGAGGCGAGUCGGAUGGUACGUCUGACCGUAACGCUGCUCGCUUCGACGAGACGUGCGCGAGCCCAGUUGCACAUGUACCUGCACCGGAAGCUGGAUCGUGGUUCAACGAGUACGUUAUAAAUUUAGUUAAGGAAGCAGAUCCUGAGCUAGAGGCGACGUGGUCAUGGCCUUGA